AUCUUCCAUAUUGACAGCUCUUUAGUUUAACCUUGAAUCUUAACAUGCUGAAUAUAAAAGAUUACACCCUUCCCCUGAGUCCAAUUAUUUAUUUCAGACAUAUACAAACAAAAAAAGGUUGGAAAACAGAGAAGACAUGAACAGGAGCCACUUGAACCUCUGCCACUAAUUAACAACCAGAGGAAGCGGAGAGGAGGAAGUAAUCAGGAAAAUUAGCUGCUGGUGUUUUGCUGGAACCUGCUUGGCUAGCAAGUGUUUAUGUACAGCUGCAAGCCCACAUAUUGGCUGAUAAUAUAUUAGUCCAGGAAAGAAAAAGAAAACCUGACAUAUGCACAAAAAGGCAGACGCACUGUCACAAACAAAAAAUCUCACGAAUGAUUAUAUAAUUUGGUAUAUUGCUGUUAAAUGUUUUCUUUAAACAAACGCAACGGAACCUCCCUUAAAUAAUACCCACAAAAAAUAAAUAUAUAAAUAUAAUUCUAACAAGUCCUAAAAAUUGUAGUCACCCUGCUUUGUUCUUUCCACACAACUGUUAAAUUUCUCAUCACUCUCACCCCAGCUAGUUUAACGAAUAGUACGAACACCCUAUUGCACUAUCAGUCUGUGUGUCCUUCUUUCAGCAGAGAUGGAAAUCUUUAAUGAUGUUUGAAACAAAGGAACCAAUUUUUCAGGCAACUCCAGCAGCAGCAGGCAAGAAUCCCAAUUUAACCUCUCACAGCGUAUCCCGCAGACAGAAUCUGUGGGUGAGGCAUCACACGAAGUGUCAGAAACAUCUGUUCAAUCUGCUUUGUGGUCCAGUGGACAUUAUGCCAAGAUCUCAGGGCACACAGCUCUAAAAAUGAAGCAGUGAUGUGUCUGUCACACUUGAUAAAAGCGGGAACAAUGAUAAUCAUGCUGAAAGUGGUGGGGAAAAGAAAAAUGGAAUGAAAAGGAGCUUUGUAAACUGGAUACACACACACACACACACACAUGCCACUGAAACAUUUAAAAUAACAGCAAAAAAGAGCAUUUUUGUCUUCUUCUGUGUCUUCUCAGCAAGACAAACUGUUAUCACUGUGUGUCCUUCGAGGGUAGAAAUACAGGGGAAGUAUGACUGGCUGAGGAGUCCAGUCACUGCUGACAAAAUAGAGUUCACAACGAUGUGAGAGGAACAGUCUUCAGGCGACACAUGUAACGUUUCAAACACAAACCAGCCAAAGCCCGCUUCUGCCUAUUUGCCAUCCUGCCUAUAAAAGUUAUAAAUAUAACUAAUUAGUCUGCGGCCUUGUUCAGGCCAGCAAAAGGUAGCAGCCACGUCCUCACAUGCAUCACCCCAUGCCGAUGCAGCCUUCUCAUGGGAUCACAUGAGUGCUUAAUAAGUGCUAAAAUGGACAGGAGCACUAUAUAAACCCCCUCUGAGUUUUCUCUGUCUCAUCACACUUUGCUUUUAUCCUUUCCUUGUCCUUUAAGUAGAUUUUAAUUGCUGGAAUUUCACUGAUUUAGCCUCAAGAGUUCAUAAUUUACCGGCUUACUAUCAUCAGAAGAAGUCUGCUGUGUCCUUUUUAAAAUCUUCUUUGAUUUCUCAAAAUAUGAGCGAACAGGCCAAAACAGACACAUCGUGUGGGGAGUACAGCAGGGGUGCCCCUUGGUACCCCUUGAGAAAGUGGUGGCAUUUGAGCCAGCUUUUCAGUCAGGAUGCUGGCCUGCCAUCUUUCCUGGAGUCAGGGGAUGCUCGCUGGAUGGAUGUGGACUGGUUGCAGAGGAGUUUGGCAGCCUGCUCCUGGCCAGGGUACAUACCCGCUCCGCUGUUUGUGCCCUACAUCUCUGGGUCGAUGCAUCAUCCAAGCCAGACGAUUAGUAAGUGGAGGGUCAUCAUGGAUGUGGCUCACUUCACCCCCUCAGAGAUUUCUCUCAGCAUCAGAGAUGGAUUCCUGGAAGUCAGAGGGAAGCACGAGGAGAGGCCAGACGAGCAUGGAUUCAUUGCCAGAUGUUUUACAAGGAAGUACAGGCUCCCAGUGGAGAUGGAUGCUACCAAAAUCACAUCCACAUUUUCUGUAGAUGGUUUCCUGAGCGUGGAAGCUCCAGUUCCCGAAACCUCUGUCCCUGCUACAAUCCCCAUUCCCAUAAAGGUGAUAGUAGAGGAUAAUGGAGAACCAGAGGUAAAAGAUGAGAAAGAAGAAGAGAGCGGGAGAGCACCAGACCACCCAGAGUUUGCUUCCUCAGAGGAUCACGGGGAAGGCUCUUCAUUAGAAGUCCAUAGAGAUCAGGCCCAACCUGAAGGUGCCACAGUCGGGCUUCAGCAGCAUGAUGAGAGGACGGAAACAGAGGAGGAGACCCAUGAAAAGCCAGCUGGAGAGUCCCCCCCCUCAGUGCCUGCAGGUGACGAAAGCACAGACGGCCUUCGAGAUUCUUCUACAAAGCCAGAAGCAGCGGAAAGCCAAGAAGGCCCAGACGCAGACACAUCCAGACAGCCAGAACUCCAAAGGCCAGUUGUGGAUGAAGAGCUCCAGGUGAUGGAGAGCUCACGGGAGGCUGUUGAGGACAUAACUCAGCCUGGGGAACAGGUCCAGAGCCAGGAAUUGGAAGCAGCAAAUAUACAGCAAGAGAUCACCGAAUAAAAACAAUAUAAUGGUGAUAAAGUAAUGAAACAGCCAGCACUGCUCGCCUUGCUUAGUCUCACAGAUGCAUUGUAGUCAUUAGAUGUAACAGCCUCGCUAUCGGUGGAGCUCCAAUAAAGCACUAGCAUGUGAAAACAAUAAAUAAUAUGUUGUGUGUCAUGUUAUUAAUGUCUUAAUGGUUUUAUGUUCUCACAAUUAUAAAAUGUGUUGUUAUGUGUGAUUUUGAAACUGUUUAUGAGCAACAAGGAAUCACAUUUGUAAGAAUCAUAUUCACAAUUACCUCUGAAACUAUGUUAUCAAGCUGUUUCAGCAAAGUGGUUUUGACACUAAUCAGGUGCUAUAUGUUUGCACAGCUGUGCAUUAGUCAGUUCAACGUGAAUUACUUGCCUAAGGAAAAAAAACAAAAACUGGUGUGACUCCAGUAUUGCUGCUGCCAUGGCAACAGCAUAAUUGAAGUCCAUGAUUAUAAUACCAAUAAAUGCAACACUUCAUGUGAGCUUACACAUCGCACACAGCGGUGACUUUGGAAAGCCGAAACAGUCCGAGCCUUUUGUUGUUUCCACCGUGUGACUCCAGAUUGGAAACUUUUUCAAUUCAAACCGAUCAUCCCUCUUGAUUCCAGUGCACAGGGAAGAUUACAGUAUUUUGCAUCACACAACGGGCAAUGGAACGGCCCCAGUCUUUUUUUUUUUUUUACACUCGCAUUCAAAAGCUCUGGCAGGGCUGCCUCAAUGAGUUCAGCCCAUUCUGCAGCACACAGCGAUGCCAGUCUCACCCAGCACUAAGCCCUCCGCUAAUCUGCUGCCCAAUUCCUUCUUUUAUCCAACAAUAACACCACAGGCUCUCUGGAGCCCUGGAACGGGUCCCCCGAGUGGCACAGUUCUCAAUGUAAGACACAGAUGUUAAGACACACUGGGCGAUUGGCUGGACAUGUUUAUUGCAUCAGUCAAUACAAAGACAUCAACAGAAAAGAAGGGAGUCUGUCCUCUCCAACAAUCAUGCAGCCAUCAUCCUUAAUGCUCAAAUAGAAAAGAAAAUUUCAAACCAUAUUGCAAAAUGCAGAACAUUUCAGAUUAAGAUUUAUAAUGAAUUGGCACUAUUAUAUUUACAAUACACUGUGAAAGAAUAUUAUAUAUUGUGUGCAUUAAUGCAGAAAAUUCACCCUCUGGUUACAUAGAAAUAUAAUAUUACCUUUAUUUCUUGUCAAUUUCAAUGACAUCAUGUUAAAUAAAAAAAACCUGUAGAAACUGAAGGAAGUACAGGCAAACAAAAGAACAAAAAUAUAUGCUGGAAAGGCUGCUACACUUAAAA